AUGCACGGACGACAAAUUACUCUUCCAUUUAAUCGACAAAAUGAAAUUAUUUCGCUCGCACAAAAUCCAGAGUACAGUAAAACAAUUAGAACAUAUUUUGAAAAUUUGGUAAAUGAAGCUCGGAACAAUAUCACGAAAAAACAACAACAAUAUAAAGCUCGAUAUGAUUUACAUAGACAAGAAUUAGUAUUAAAAAUUAAUGAUUUAGUUUUAAUCAAAACAAGAAAUAUUAGAAAUAAAUUUGAUAUACGAUAUGAAGGUCCAUUUAAAAUUAUUAAACAAUUAGGACAUAAAACAUUCAUUGUUCAACAUGUAAAAAAAUUAACAUUAACAAGACAAGUGACAAUGGAUGUCAUCGUUCCAUUAGUGGACCGAUGGAAUUUAAUUUAA